AUGCUGGGGAAAAACAUCACUCUGGUCAGUGAAUUCAUCUUGGUGGGCUUCCCCACUGCCCCAUGGCUACAAGUCCUGCUCUUCUUCCUCUUCCUUGUGGUCUACUUGCUGGUGAUAAUAGAGAAUCUUAUCAUCAUGCUCACUGUUUGGAUCACUGGCUCCCUCCAUAAGCCCAUGUACUAUUUCCUGAGUAGCUUGUCCUUUCUGGAGGUCUGGUAUGUCUCUGUCACAGUCCCCAAGAUGCUGGAUGGAUUCCUUUUGCAGAAACGGCGCAUCUCCUUCACAGGUUGCAUGACCCAGCUCUACUUCUUUAUCUCGCUCGCCUGCACAGAGUGUGUGCUUCUGGCAACCAUGGCCUAUGACCGCUAUGUGGCCAUUUGCCACCCUCUCCAAUACCCAGUCAUUAUGACCACAGGUUGUUGUGUACAGCUGGUGGCGUUCUCCUAUGUAAGUGGUUUCAUGGUCUCUGUCAUCAAAGUUUAUUUCAUUUCACAUGUUGCCUUUUGUGGUUCUAAUGUCAUGAACCACUUUUUCUGUGAUAUCUCACCAAUCCUUAAGCUGGCUUGCAAAGACAUGUCCACAGCUGAGCUAGUGGACUUUGCUUUGGCUAUUGUCAUUCUUGUCUUCCCACUCAUCACCACUGUCCUUUCCUAUGUAUACAUUGUCUCCACCAUUCUGCGGAUACCCUCCACCCAGGGAAGGAAGAAAGCCUUUUCCACCUGUGCAUCCCACCUCACUGUGGUCAUAAUUUAUUAUACAGCCAUGAUUUUUAUGUAUGUUCGGCCCAGAGCUAUUGCAUCAUUUAAUUCCAACAAACUAAUCUCAGCUGUGUACGCAGUCCUCACACCCAUGCUAAAUCCCUUCAUCUACUGCCUUAGAAACCAGGAAGUAAAAAAUGCUGUCAAAAAGACCAUGGGGGUUGGGCAGUGCCUCCUGCUUAGCUAA